AAACAUCUUCCAAGUUUAUUCUUUCUCACAUUAUAUUAUAUAGAUCCAUUGUCAGGGGGUGGUGUUCCAUAUGUGCAUCAUACAAAACAAAAGAUGUGCCAUAUAGAAGUAAAACAAUUCUGGGAGGCAUCCUGUUAUUCAAACUAUAAGUGGACUACAGUACUUUAAAACAAGAGGUAUAGGGAGGGGGAGUACAGUAGAUAGGAGGGAGAACACAAACAGGAAAAGGAGAACACCAAAUUCCACUUCCUUAACAUGAGAUCAACAUUUUUCUCAUUCUACUUAAGAUCAGCACAUUUAACAGUUCUGUUCAUUACGGCACUUACGAGCAUUAAGUGUGUGGUGGACAGGGCAAGCCUUCUUGCUCUGCCUUCCCAUGUUUUACCCUGUGCAGGUGUGACACUUUCUGCCACAAAAAAUAUCCCAGGCCAGGAUAAUUAGCCAAAGUACUUCAUAGCCAUUAUUUUACUGGGCAUACUCUACCUAUGCCCACUUUUGAAAAUGUGGAAACAGCUGUUCAUGGCAGUUUGUCUGCCUUGGUGCACCAUCACUCACACACUUUCACACACUCUCACACCCCCAUCUCUGGCCAAAUUUUAAUUUGUAAAUAUAAUCCAUCAUUUAACUGUGCCCUUUAAUUUCAUCUUUAUUAUCUCUUUCUAUUGCUCAUGAGCUGCUCUAAAAUGAUUGGAGAUCUCAGCAUGAUCUUGGAUACGUGGCCAACAACACUAACAUCAUGUAACCACAGUCUCUGGGGAGUGCUGAGAUCUGACCUGGAACCCUGCAAAGGUCUAGAAGCCCACCUUGAGGAUUUUGGUUUGAAUGGCUCAUUCUGGUCCAAAGUGUUCAAAGAUGAAUUACAGGUGACGGACAAAAUACAACUUGCUUAUUUGGAUAAUGAGGACUUUGAAGUGCUCAAGAAACACAUUCGCUACAGUUGGGAAAAGAAGGCUCUUCACAAAUUGUUAGGUAAUUCAGAACCAGGUGCAUCAAAGGCAGAGGCGAAAGAAGCAGAAAAGCAUGUGUUAGCAGCAUGCGCUCUACCAAAUCUAUGCCCAACAGAUAAAAUGACCCAAGACAUGGCAAAAGAUCUUGAAUCAACACUGACACAUUCUCUUGAGGAACCCAGAACCACACACAUGAUAACUGAAAGACCUCUGAAAGACUGUGUAGACAGUUUGAUAAAAAGAUUCUCUACAAAUAAUGAUUCUCAAUGUUUACCUGCUACAUCAAUUUGUGAUGAAGAGAUUUUAAAAACAGCUUCAGGAGGUCUUGCUCUUCAGGGCAUUUUUAAAACUGGGAACGUAGAUGAUCUUCUGAAGGACCGACAACAACUAAUCAUAAUUGGUAACUGUAAAAUUGCUGGGCCAAGACAUGCCUCACGUUAUAUGGAAUAUGAGUUUUCCUCCUACAAAUCUCACCAAGAGUUUUUAAGCUCUGUUGAAAAAUUGGGAUACAGUUACAGUGCAGAACUUAAUCUUGGAUUUUUACCUGCACAAGUAAACUUUGGCUUACAAAAUGCUUCUGUAUCAUCAAAAUCUUUUCAAAGCCAGUCUGAGCAAUCUUAUGCAGCAAUGACUGUCUGUCAUUACAUGCCGCUUGCUACAGCAUUAAUUGACCAGUUUACUUUGUCUGAUUCUGCAAAGAAAGAACUUUUACAAAUCAAUGAACUAUUGCAUGCCACUGAUGAAGAUGAAAAUCCUAAUCUCCGGAAACGGGUAGAGAGAUUCUUUGAAAGGUUUGGAUCUCAUGUACCUCAAGGUCCAAUACAUUUAGGUGGAACAUUUUGGUGGAAAGCAUAUGCUCAGGGAUUUUCAGACCAGAACCAUGAAAAGGUGAAAGUGCAGGUGUGUAAGGUCUUGGCAAUGAAUUGUACUGUGCAAACAAGCAAAAAUAUUUCAGCUUCAGUUGACAUAAGUAACUCAACAGGGACAGGUUCUUCUCGGAUAAGAUUCAACGAUGACCUCAAAACAGUGGUUCAGCACUCUGUUGAUAAAUUUGGAGGUCCAGCUGAAACAGAUAAUCACAUACUGUGGAAAAAUAACCUUGCAACAAAUAAAAAAACCUGGGCAGUCAUAGACAGAGGAUCAACUUUGACUUCAGUGUGGGAUAUCAUCCGAACAUGUCAUAGUGAUCAAUUUAAAGACCCUCUCAGAUUGUGUACAUUCCUAAUAAAUGUGUAUAAAGAAAUCACACACCAGGAUGUAGAAUCUGCAGAUGACAUUAAAGCACUCAGAAUUGAUACUGAAGCUGAAAAAUUGAUAAUGUCAGUGAAUGAGUGGUCUCUUUGUGAUGCGGAGAAACAUCUUAAAGAUUUACUCAGAAUGAGAAGACAAAUUAAGGAAUGCACAACAUCAUUCAAAAAAUGGAUUGACAUUUUCCUUUCAAAUGAAGCACUUCAGAAAUUCCUGACCAAUGUUACUACAGCAUAUGCUGACGACAGCAUAAGAUUCCUGACAUACUUGGUGAUGGAGACACAUUGUCAUAAAGUCAAACAAUUCCCAAACAGAGAAAAGAUUUUAGAAUGGGUUAAAGGAUCUCCAGAGGUGGCUAAAGAUGUAUGUGGCAUGUUUACUCCCAUCCAGCAGUUUUCUGAUGUAAAAACAGUUCUAGAAAAAGCAAGUGAAGAUUUUUUGCAAAAUUCUGAGGACGACUUAAACGUAAUUAUCACAUGCAAAGUUACUCAUGCAAUAAAUUCAUGGCUUGAAACUAUGAAAGAAAAUAGUCUUGAUGACUUAGUUUUGCUUGUGCUGUCAAUCACAAAGGAUGUUGGACACAGAGAGGACACUUUUCAUCCCCUUCUGGGUUCUCAGGAAAUUGAUUUCUUAACAAAAGAGCUCUCAGUUGUACAGAGGAGCUAUUGGGAAUUUCGCAAAGAAAAGUAUUUUAAAGGGACAGGUCUUUAGUCUGUUGACA